AUGUUGCUUCUCCCUGCCGCCUCCUCUCCUCACCACGGCUCGCCCUCGGCAUCCUCUCCCCACCACGGCUCGCCCCGCAGCCUCCACCUCCGAUACGACCUCGCGCUGCCAGCAAUGCUUCCGGUCUCCCCUGUAUCGACACUGCCGCCGGUGUCCAACCUCAGCGACGACGCCAGCCUGCCCGACGCAGCUCCUGGCCGCGGCGGCCUAGAACGCCGAGGUAUAGAAGCCUGCUCCGGCUGCCAAGCUGCCGCCCAACCUGCUCUGGGGGUUCCAUAUGAUACAAGACUCAAAGGUCUAGAUGAUGACAGAGGAACCAAAGGUCUAACACAGGAUGCUUCAAAGUCUCAUUUUAAAAGGUCAACAG